AUGUCUUUCCAAAACUUCGAUACUUUCCAGAACCAGCACCCAGCGGCUGACGCAGCCGCCGCUGCUCCCGGUGCUCCAGCUACCGCUGACACUACCAUGACUGGCCAGGCCGACCCUUCAACUGCUCCGUUCCAGGGUCCAGCCCCCGGGGAGGGUGCCCCUGCUGUUCCUCAGCAAGGAAAUGAGGGCAAGACUACUCUCUGGAUGGGCGAGCUUGAGCCUUGGAUUGACGAGAACUUCGUCCGCAACCUUUGGUUCCAGAUGGGUGAACAGGUCAACGUGAAAAUGAUCCGCGACAAGUUCUCUGGGAGCAAUGCCGGCUACUGCUUCGUUGAUUUUGCCUCCCCCGCCGCUGCAGGCAAGGCUCUGUCUUUGAACGGCACCCCGAUGCCGAACACCAACCGCCUGUUCAAAUUGAAUUGGGCCACUGGUGGAGGCCUUGCUGACCGUAGCCGCGAUGACCGUGGCCCUGAGUACUCCAUCUUCGUCGGUGACCUAGGUCCCGAGGUCAACGAAUAUGUUCUCGUCUCUCUCUUCCAGAGCCGCUUCCCGUCCUGCAAGUCUGCUAAGAUCAUGACUGAUCCCAUCAGCGGCAUGUCUCGCGGCUACGGAUUUGUCCGUUUCUCUGACGAAAACGACCAGCAGCGUGCACUCAGCGAGAUGCAGGGAGUCUACUGUGGUAACCGUCCGAUGCGCAUCUCUACAGCUACCCCGAAGAACAAGGGCCCCGGUGUUGUUCCUGGUGGUAUGGGCAUGCCCGGUCCUGCUGGCAUGUACCCUCCCAUGGGUGCUCCUCCUAUGGGCUUCUACGGUGCUCCCCAGCCCAUGAACCAGUUCACCGACCCCAACAACACAACCGUCUUCGUGGGUGGCCUUUCCGGAUAUGUUACCGAGGAUGAGCUCCGCUCGUUCUUCCAGGGGUUUGGCGAGAUCACCUACGUCAAAAUCCCGCCCGGCAAGGGAUGCGGCUUCGUUCAAUUCGUUCAGCGUCACGCUGCAGAGAUGGCCAUCAACCAGAUGCAGGGAUACCCCAUCGGUAACUCGCGUGUGCGUUUGAGCUGGGGUCGCUCGCAGAACAACUCCGGCCCUGCUGGCAGCCCUUACCGCCCCGCCCCCCCCCCUCCUCCCAUGUACCUCCCUCCCCAACACCAGUAUGGCGGCGGUUUCGCACCUAUGAAGUAA